UAACCAGUCAGCCUAUAUAAGCAGCAGAAAGUUUGUACUCACACAGCAAAAACCAAGCUCCGCUCAGAUCAGACGCGUUCUUCUCUGCGUAAAAAGUGCCAAAACGGUUCCAGACAUGGAGAGGUCAGUCAGGUUUGCCGUGGUGUGCGUCGGAGUGUCUCUGCUCAUCUCCUGCCAUCCAGUGGAAGCCUGGUACAAGCAGUCGACCGGGCCCAGUUACUACUCGGUUGGUCGCGCCUCCGGUUUGCUGUCCGGUAUCAGGAGGUCACCGUACGUCCGGAGAGCCGAAUCCGAAGAGACGCUGGUGGACAGCGGGGAGACGGCAGGUAACAACGUGAUACCGGAGACUAACAGGCAGAUCUCCAUCCUCAAAAGCAUGGCCAUCUGCGUGAAGGACAUCUCUCCAAACCUGAAGAGCUGCGAGCUGAUGCGGGACGGGACGGGCACCUUCCAGUGCAAGGCGGACGUCUUCCUCACCCUGGACUCCCUGGACUGCCUGUCCGCAUGAAUCCCGGUCGCAGAGACAGCUCUCCACCGAAACCCGGGAGCGCUUCUCUGGAAAAAUGAAAAGUUAAAGAAAGAAAAAUUGGGGGGUCUAAUGAGUGUGGGGUUUUUCGCGGGGGAAAUGAUGGCGCAAGGGUAACCCAGAUUGUCGAUGAUGGACCGCUGCAGACUCUGAAUGUUCACUCUUAUUUAAAAAGAAAAACAACAACAAAAAAACACAAACAUUGUUUAGUUUUGCUUUGGUUGCUUAGAUUGAAAAAAAAAAGAAAAGAAAAAAAAGAGAAAUAUUAGUCGAAGCAAUUUCUUUUUCAAUUGUUACUGUUUAAUCCCUGACGUGUACCUGCCAAACUGUAUUAAAUGUCCGGAAAGUUUACUGCAGAUCAGAUUUCCUGGAAAGUACUUUUAUUUAUUUUAUCUAUUAAAAUGAACAAACACUGGUAA